AUGUCGAAGGAGAAUAAAUGUUCCCGUUUUAAAAAAUCAAAAAUGCAAAUAGAUACACUUAAUGACUUUUAUUAGAAACAAUAAAUCUGGGGAUAAAAUACAAUUAAAGAAAUAGCUAGCAUCACAAAUUUACCAAAAGAAAAGAUUUAUAAAUGGUAUUGGGAUCAAAACAAGAAGUUCAAAUAAGAGAAUCCAAGAGUUGAAACUGAAGGAGAAAUCAUUGUAAAACAAGAUAGUUUAAGUUCAAAGACCCAUGAAAUAUUAUAUUUUAGAGGUCUUUAAUUUAAUUAGGAAGCGGAUCAAAAUUUAAAAAAUAGACUGCUAAAAUUAGCAAGAGAUUUGAUAUUAAUAAAAUGA